AUGAACGCUUUCCGGUAUAUGAGACCUGCGGCUGCUCGAGUGCCGUUCCAACGGUCUACUCUUCCUCGAGUUGCUCGAGCUUACAGCUCCAAGACCUAUGAGUAUAUCCAGGUCUCACAGCCCAAGCCUGGUGUCGGUCAAGUGACAUUGAACCGACCCAAGGCUCUUAAUGCUCUCUGCACACCUCUUAUCAAGGAGCUUAACCAGGCCCUGCUCGAUUUCAAUGCAGCUGAUGAUACCUCAGUCAUUGUCUUGACCGGGUCGCAGAAGGCCUUCGCCGCUGGUGCCGAUAUCAAAGAGAUGGCCCCUCUCACCUUCGCUGAAGCUUAUACCACCUCCUUCAUCGAGUCUUGGUCCGAUCUCACCACCCAGGUGAAGAAGCCCAUCAUCGCUGCCGUCUCUGGUCACGCCCUUGGCGGAGGCUGCGAGCUGGCCAUGAUGUGUGAUCUCAUCUACUGUACCGAAAAUGCCAACUUCGGCCAACCUGAAAUCAAGCUCGGUACUGUUCCUGGUGCUGGAGGCAGCCAGCGUCUUACCCGUGCCAUUGGCAAGUCAAAGGCUAUGGAGCUCAUCCUUACUGGCAAGAACUUCUCUGGUGUUGAUGCUGAGAAAUGGGGACUUGCUGCCAGAACUUUCCCAACAUAUGAAGCUUUGAUGGAGGAGACUCUCAAGCUCGCUGAGACUAUUGCUGGUUAUUCCAAGGUCGCUGUCCAGGCUGCUAAGGAGGUUGUUAACAAGAGCCAAGACCUUCCUCUCCGUGAUGGUGUUGAGUUUGAGCGACGAGUAUUCCACAGCUUGUUUGGCAGCCAGGAUCAGAAGAUCGGUAUGAAGGCAUUCGCAGAGAAGAAGAAGGCUGAGUGGAGUCACUCAUAG